ACCAAACACACUUCACUGUUUCACAUUUUUAAGGUUAGGGUUUUUUAUCAUCAAAUUUUGGGGAAAACACACACACACACACACACACACACUCUAAAAAAAAGGGACGAAAAUGGCAACAAACAACGAAACAAAGACAGAAAUUGAAAACCCAGAACAACAGGGAACAGGAAGACCCGCUGUAGUGAAAAGGAAACCGGUUUUUGUGAAAGUGGGUGACUUGAAACCUGGAACUAACGGCCAUACGUUAUCCGUGAAGGUGUUAACGUCAACAACUGUGUUGGAUAAGAAAUCGAGGAGUGCGUCGUCGUUUAGAGGAAGGUCGUCGUCAGGGGGGAUGAAUACUCGGAUUGCUGAGUGUCUUAUUGGUGAUGAAACUGGCACUAUUCUUUUCACUGCUCGUAACGAACAAGUUGACUUGAUGAAGGCUGGAAAUACUGUGAUUAUCCGAAAUGCAAAGAUUGAUAUGUUCAAAGGCUCCAUGAGACUAGCUGUUGAUAAAUGGGGACGUAUUGAGGUCACUGAUCCUGCAACUUUCACUGUUAAGGAAGAUAACAACUUGUCACUAGUCGAGUACGAGUUGGUCAAUGUCGCUGAAUGAUUACUCUUUACCUGGCAAUGGGUGUGAGGUAUAAAUUCUAUCGUGACUUAUGGGGUUUUGGUAUACAGCUACUAGAAGGGUCGGUUUAGUCUUUCUUGUUAAUAUUAUUUUAACAUGUAAUAGAACUAAGUGGAAUGGCCUUCCAAGCGGUUAACUUUGUAAAAAGAUCAUCCUUUGAAUUAUCUUGAUUCCCGCUGUCUUUGUGCUUA